AUGAGCGCUGAAGAAUUCCUCGCUGACGUCGAAGGCGGCGUGGUGCCGGUGGACUGCCACGAGAAAGUGCUGCGGAUAGCAUUCAUCUAUAUGGACGAGGGGCUGUGGCUCGGCAGCGGCGUCUUUGAUGUUGUCGAGAAGCUGCACGCGCGUGGAUGGUCGUUCGGCGAGGGCGAGUUGAGGUUUAAUCGCACCCUGGAUAUAUUCUACCUCGCCCAGCUCGCAGCGGCCAUCUACCGCUCCACCGACCAACUUGAGGGUGACUUCCUCUCCCCUGAUGAUUUCCAGUCCUUCUACACCACACACCACGCACUCCUCCACUCCUCCGCAUGGCGCUCUUAUUACUCUACUGCCUUCCUUACCCAGCGCACCACAGCGCGCUUCCACCGCCUGCCUGACCUCCAAGACCUACCUGACUCUGACUCCCCGCUGGGGCUGCCGCGCCUGCGACCCCCCGCACACGCCACGAAACUCCCCCGCUGGGCCCACAACGUCGCGCGCACGCGCCGCAGGCAGCCCUCACUCCUGCUCGCGACUCUCACUGGAUUAGCCCUCAGCACGCUCGAGACGACCAUCACGCGCCUACGCAUGGCCCGCAGCAGCGUGCCGCCCUACUCGGAGACGCAAGCGCGCUUCUGGCUUGAGUACAUGGGGCUCGGUUCCCCUAGCUGA